AUGGCUCGCCUCAACUGGUGCCUAGCUGCCGUCAUCAGCUGGGGCAAGUUCCUCUUCGCAUGCUUCUUUCCGCUGCGGGGGUUCAAGCAAGACAAGCCUGACGAGCUGGAAGGGGUCCAUACACAUUCCUUCAAGCUGAAGCCAUUUAAGAAGGCCAAGAGCUGUGAUAUAUGCAAGCAGGCCAUCACAAAGGAGGGUCUCAUCUGCAAAGCUUGUCAGCUUUCCUGUCAUAAAAAAUGUGAAGUGAAGGUCACCACGGCAUGUCAAACGAGCACCAACUAUGAGCUUCCUCCUACUCCUCAGCUGCCAUUAAAGCAUGUAGAUACUCCGGGGUCAGCCAGGUCCUGCAAGAGUGCGGAAAUCAAGAGAAAACAGUCACGGAGUCAAAGUAUGGUUCACGGCAUGGAGGAAAGCUAUGAAGUGGACCUGGUCUACAUCACAGAGAGGAUCAUAUCCUUCUCUUUCCCCGCCACUGCCGAGGAGCGCAACUACAUCUCUCAUCUCAAGGAGGUGGCAGCCAUGCUACGCUCAAAACACGGGGACCACUACCUGGUGCUCAACCUGAGUGAACUGAGGAGUGACCUAACAACAUUAAACCCGAAGGUGCUGGAAUUUGGCUGGCCAGACCACCAUGCACCGCCACUAGACAAGAUCUGCAGCAUGUGCAAGGCCAUUGACACGUGGCUCAAUGGUGACCCGCACAACGUUGUGGUGCUUCACAACAAAGGUAACCGAGGCCGGACAGGGGUGGUGGUGGCUGCCUACAUGCAUUACAGCAACAUAUCUGCAAGUGCUGACCAGGCACUGGACAGGUUUGCUAUGAGGCGUUUCUAUGAGGACAAAGCACUUCCUGUGGGUCAACCUUCACAGAGAAGGUACGUGCGAUAUUUUAACGGCCUUUUGUCUGGCCAUAUAAAAAUCAACAACAAGCCUCUGUUCCUUCACCAUGUGAUCAUGCAUGGAAUUCCCAACUUUGAGUCCAAAGGAGGAUGCCGUCCAUUCCUGAAGAUUUACCAGGCCAUGCAGCCAGUCUAUACAUCAGGAAUAUAUAAUGUGCAAGGCGACAGCAACACCAGCAUUUGUAUCACCAUUGAGCCCGGCCUCCUGCUAAAAGGCGACAUUUUGCUCAAGUGUUACCACAAGCGCUUCCGAAACCCCACCAGGGAUGUCGUCUUCAGGGUGCAGUUCCAUACAUGCGCCAUUCAUGAUCUUGGAGUAGUGUUUGGAAAGAGCGAGUUGGAUGAGACAUUCAAAGAUGACAGAUUCCCUGAGUAUGGAAAGGUGGAAUUUGUGUUUUCAUAUGGUCCACAGAAAAUUAAAGGCCUAAGCCAUCUGGAGAAUGGGCCUAGCGUCUGUGUGGAUUACAACACUCAAGAUCCUUUGAUCCGUUGGGACUCGUAUGAAAAUUUCAUCCAUCGCUGUGAGGGAGCUGCGGAUGACCAGCAUGAUGUUGUUCACAGUCAAGGUCCACUUGAUGGAAGUCUGUAUGCACAGGUCCGAAAGAAAGACUCCUUGGAGGGAGUGGUCACCAUCAACGGCAUCCCUAUUCAUGGAGACCCCUUGACUGCAACUGAGAACCAACUGCAACACCCAAACCACCCCCUUCAGCCAACAGAACAUACCCUACCUGUUACUGGCCAUGCUUCUCUUCCUGCAGUCGACCACACGCUGUCUGUGAGCAGUGACUCUGGAAACUCCACCGCUUCUAUAAAGACUGAUCGUACAGAGGAACACAGUCAGUCUCUGCAUGGGGGCUCAAGUCACGGCAACCCUGUAGCAAGCCACCUGACCCUCAGCCCCCAAGAGAAGAGAGAACUUGAUCAGCUUCUGAGUGGACUUGAGGCACCUGCUCAUCAACGACAAGUCUAUUUGUCUACGUCAACCAGUCCGGGAGGGGGUGUCCGGCACCUUGUCCCUGCACAGGUGCAUGUCAACGGGGGCCAGCCCCGGCUAAGUGGUGCCCCUUCCGCAGGGGAACGUGAGACAGAUAUUCUUGAUGACGAGCUUCCCAAUAGCCAAGAGGGCAACAGUGUGGAUAGUUUGGGCACACUUUCAUCCUUAGAGGGCCAGGCCACACCAGCUAACCUCUACUAUCAGUCCCAAGCCACUGUCAGCAGUCAAAACGACGGCCCCUACCUUGAAAGAGGUCUUCUCAGCGACAACUUAAGUGAAAUGCCCGUUCACGGAUUGCAAACAGUCACUGCAAUGCAGGAACGCAGUCCCUCUGCGUCACCAUCAGGGGGAUAUAACAACUUCCAGAAUGGAAGUGGAAUGUAUCGCUCACAGUCUUUUGGUAACCCGCCUACCAGCAGUCUCGAAUCCAACCCUAAACUAAUGCCCAGGGCACCUGAGAGGAGUACAAGUAGUCGAGAGGCUGUUCAACGGGGUCUCAAUACGUGGCACCAGCACAGCCUCCCAGAUGAUCCUUUUGGCCCACCCCUUCAAUCCACUCACAGCUUGCCACAUUUUCCUUCCUCAGCUUCUCAAAGGGACAUUGAGCAGUCCAUUGAAGCCCUCAACAUGCUCAUGCUCGACCUGGACCCGAUCAACUCCCACAUGUCCAAGUCACACAGUGCUCCCCCUGGGGAAAAUACCCUCAAUUCCUCGCCGGUGCCCUUCUCCCAGACACUCACAAGGCCAUCGUACCAAGCCGACUCGGCCAUCCGUGGCAAGAGCACUUCCGGGUCAUUCAACAGCACCAUCAGUCAACCACCACGAGUGACUGGGAGAACUUUUCCCAACCAGAGCCCUCUUUUGGAGUCUCCGGGACACUGUCCUCAAAAAACUAGCUCUAAUUUGCAACACCAAAACACCACCCCAACGCACACACCUGAGCCCUAUAUACACACACGUCAAGCACUGCACCAGUUCUCAUCGGACCCCUCUUCAAACGUCCAAACACCGUUGAAACCUGUGAACUCAUACAUGGUCAGCACAGCUUCCCACUCUCCGGAUCGUCAGGGCUCGUCUCCCUACCCAGGGUGCAGUGAGUCCUCCUCUCCACUUCCUUCCCUCACACCUCAACCUAAGGACACUUCCUCUUCCUCUUUGGCCCGAGAGCAGGAUGCUGAGGAGGCAGCAUUGAACCUAGAGGGCUUGGUGGCUCACCGCAUUGCUGAGUACAACGCUCGAAUCCGGGGUAUCAGUGAAAGCAUAACACCGCAACAAUCUGACCGCCAUCGCUCCUAUUCCUUCUCUGGUGUACGCUCCAGAGGGAUGACCCCGGACGUGAGCAAGGAGAUGGGUCGGCGUCGGACCACCAGUGAGGGUCACUACCAGAGCACUCAUGACAACAGGCCGGCUGCUUCUUCACCAGAUUUCAGCAACAGUCUGCCCAACAACCCCAGCGGAAGACCCAGAGAGGGUAUCGUUCACACCUACCGGGAAGCAUUUGAGGACAAUGACAUUGGUAGGUUUGCAAGGCUAUGCAUCUCUGUCUGUGAUGUCACACUGGCCAAGUCGCUGCGUCUCUCCCUGCAGUGCUCCAAAGCUUCCUCCCAGUUUGCAUGCUCUCUCACAACAAUGGCAUUGAAGCAAAAGAAGGAUUUCUUAAAGUGUCGCUCUCGCUCACCGCCAGGUUGGAUGCCAGCAGUGGAAAUGAAGCCGAAUCAAAAGUUUGCAUCAGACUCUGUUUCUAAUCAUGGAGAACAAGAAAAUCGUGGGUUUGUGGAAUAUAGAGCACAACAGUUCAGUGGUCCUCUCACCUCCAGCAGCCCUGUACACAGUCCAGAAGGGAGGCAUGGGUCUUUGGAUCACAGCCCAGGACCCAUUUACCCGCACACGCACACCUCCCCAGACGGCUCCCAAGUGAACAUCAUGGGUGUCCACACUGUCCCUGGUAGCCCCAACACCCUCCACCGCACAGUGGCCACCAAUACACCCCCAAGCCCUGCCCUCCAAAGGCGCCUGGGUCAAUCCAGUCCCUCACCAGUCAGACGCACACCUCCAGCGGGCAGCAGGGACAGCAUGCCCUCCAGCCCCUUGAUUGGCCGAAAUCCCAAAACCAGCGGUGUAAAUGUGCCACCUGCCAGUCCCUUGAUGGGACGGCAAGUUGUAGCGGGGGGCCACAGUACUCCCGAUGAGCUGGGGGCCACAUCUCGUCAGGCACAGCCGCCUUCCACACCUGCUUUCCCCGUCUCCCCCCAGCUGCCAGUUAAGAGACACGCGAGUGGUGGGGACGCAGAGCGGCUGGAUGGCAAGAACCUGGCAGCUGAGGCUGGAAGCUCAAACUUGACAGGGAAUUACCCGGACACCUCCAAGUCCAUCUAUGAUGGUUACCCAGACAUUAAAAUGAAUGUCAAGUUUGUCCAAGACACUUCCAAGUUCUGGUACAAGCCCGACAUCUCCCGAGAGCAAGCCAUUAACGUGUUGAAGGACAGGGAGCCCGGGGCCUUCGUCAUCAGGGACAGCCACUCCUUCCGUGGGGCUUAUGGUCUUGCCUUGAAAGUGGCAUGCCCACCUCCAACGGUACAACAAAACAAAAAAGUUGCUGAUCUGACCAACGAGCUGGUAAGACACUUCCUGAUUGAAACAAGCCCCAAAGGUGUCCGCCUGAAGGGUUGUCCCAACGAACCCUACUUUGGUUGUCUCUCGGCACUGGUUUACCAGCACUCCAUGACACCUCUGGCACUACCCUGCAAGCUCAUGAUCCCCACCAAAGACCCAAAUGAAGAGGCUCUGGAGCUGGCCACACCCACUGACCCAGUUGUGGAACUUCUGAAGCAAGGAACAGUUCAGAAGGUUCCAGAGGAGUCUCACGCGUCCAACGUGCUGUACAUUAACUCUGUGGACAUGGAGUCCUUGACUGGCCCACAAGCCAUCGCUAAGGCCAUCAGUCAGACACUGGCGACCAAUCCUCUACCCACCGCCACUGUGGUGCACUGUCAGGUGUCACCGCACGGCAUCAUGCUAACAGACAGUCACCGGAAGAUUUUCUUCAGGCGGCAUUAUCCACUAAGCACCAUAACCUACUGUGACACUGAUCCCCAGGAUAGAAGGUGGGGCCAAGAGAGUGGUGGCUCCCUUAGGCUUUUUGGCUUUGUGGCAAGAAAACAAGGAAGCACAACAGACAAUGUCAGCCACCUGUUUGCUGAGCUGGACCCUGACCAGCCGGCCUCGACCAUAGUCAGCUUUGUCUCCAAAAUGAUGAGGCGGUGA